AUGAGUUUCUAUUCGAAUUUACCAACGAGUGAGGUAUCGUCCUCACUCUAUCCAACCAUAUUUGAAAUCGUAUCGUCACAGGAGAUAGAUGCUCUUCUACCGGCUUCUGUAAGGUACAUCUUAACCAACUACUGGAUUGCAAGACAUCCCAAUAAGAUAACUCUGGCGAUAAACAACUAUUUUCAAGAAUGGUUCCAAGUGCUAUUGAAAGGAAUUGUGGAGUGGCAUCAUAUCAAAGAGUACAACUCGACGUUUGUAGACAGGUUUUACGGAUUACAGCGGUUUAACUGUUCAAACGAGGUUCUAGUGAGAAAACAGGCAAAAAACAAUAACACAAAGGUUUGGCCCCCUGGGUUGCAAUUUACCAAGGGUCAAAAGAGGGUUGUGUUCAUACAGAAGGUUAUAGUGCCCUAUUUGAAAGACAGAUUGGACGAGUUGGAGUCAAAAUGGGUUGCGCAGUCGACGUUCCAAGAGCAACGUAAUGACAAGAGAAAUUUGAUUAGAAGAUUCGUCACGCAUGUCUAUCCAGUGUUCAAAAAAAGCUGGUAUCUCUUGGAUCUUUUCACCAAAUUGCUGUUCCUAGCAGGUAGGAUUGGAUCCGUUUCAUUUUUGGAAUAUUUGUUCAAGAUUGAGUAUACAAGGGCUGUAUUACCGUUAAGCGGAGGGGACGCAAGACCCAAGAGUGUGAGUCAAGCCAACAGACCUCAAAGGCAAAAUCUUUAUGCAUUAGUGAGCCGAUUCCAAAGAAUUUUAGCUAAUGUGGGAAAUACUUCAGCUUACUUGGGGUCACAAUUUUUCCCAGCUUUUAUAUUUAUGCUCAGAGUCUAUCAAUGGUGGACUACACAGGAUCUUGGCGCUAAGUUACAGAGAAAAUUAAACGAUAUCGAUAAAGAUAUUCCUAGGACUAAUAAUAAAACUGAUGGUAAAGGUAAAAGUACAGGUACAGACUGCCCAAUAUGUCAUCAAAGGAUCCAAAACGCCUGCGUUUUGGAGACAGGUUAUGCUGCAUGUUAUCCCUGUGCCUUAGAUCAUUUGACUAAUAACGAGGGGAAAUGUCCAGUAACGGGUAAAAAACUGUUGGGUUGUACUUAUGAUAAGGAGUUGCAAAAAUGGAAGGUGGUGACUGGUGUAAGGAAACUUCUUAUCUAA